AUGUAUCUAAUCUUGGUGUUACUCUCCUACAUCACAAGUGCAGUAUUAUCCUCAGACCCUUCAGAAGUUUUCAUAACAGUUAACGAAGCGUACUUCACAACGAACAAAGUCAUUAAUAUUAAGUCAGGAGAGAAGCUAAGUAUAGACUGUGCUAGUUCGGUAAUAGGGAGCGAUGCAGUUAAUUAUAAAUGGUAUUUGAGCAAGAGACCUUACACUUCGCAAGUUAAUCAGCGAUCUGAAGCAUCUACCAGUAGAACAUUUACCGUAGCAGCUAACUCCACCCAUACGGGUUACUACAUGUGCCUAAUACAGUCCGAGGAAGGGUAUGCCGUCUUCACUCCUGUCCUGCAUGUCAUUGUCGAAUAUUUCGAUAUAGAAACAGAAUCAGCUAAAAAGACGAUAGAGCCGAACGAGAAAGUGGCCGUUUUGAAGUGUUCCCAGAUUAACGCUAACCCUGCUCCAAUAGUCACGUGGAAAAAAGACGGUGUUGAUGUCAGAAAUAUCAACCUGGACAGCAACGUCAUGCAUGUCACCGGCAAGGUAGUUGAUAGGCAGUACAACAUUGAAGUUAACGAUCUGGUAAUUCUAAACUAUCAAGACAAAUUUGCGGGAACGUACACUUGCGAUGUAGAAGCUACUGGAACAUUCUUCGAAGGGAGAACCUCUACCGCUAAGAGUUACAUUGUCAAAACAGCUGCGUCAUUCAGCCUGAUGAACGAUAACUCCUCACAAAUCCUGUUUAUCGACAACGGCGGUAAACCCAACGUUGGUGAAGCAAUCACGUUGCGGUGUGGGGCAUGUGGUUAUCCCACACCUUCCUACGAAUGGCACGACACCAACGACAAGAAACUUCAAACUAGCGAUGUUUAUGAGCGUCACAGUUCAAAUAAGAUCAGAUAUCAAAACGAAUACGUUGAGGUUUUGGAAACGAGCAUGAUAGUGAAGAGUAUAAAGGCAGUUGAUGAUGAUGCUGAGUACAAGUGUGCGGCCCUCACCGCCACCAGCAAAUCCGUGGAAUCCAUUCGUCUCACCUUGUCGGACACAGUUCCUCGGUUCAACAGCACGAUGGACAAUUCCCAAUACAACAUACCUGGGGCCACUAUAACGAUAGACUUUGGUCUCAAAGUCAAAGGACAGAUCGAUAUAUCAUGGAAUGGUCAAGGACUGGAUAAGUUCCUUCUAAACUCAGAUAACACGAUGGCUAACCGAGGGAAACUUAAUCUUGAUAACGACAACAAUGUAUUGACAGUAGAAAAUAUCCAGAAGAAUUCGAGCGGUGUUUUCCAAUGCAUUGUUUACAACGAGGCUGGUAUGGUCAGCCAAUACAAAACAGUCAUUAUUCGAGAGUCCCAGCCAGCCAAAGUGGCCCACACCACCGCUUCCACGCCUGACAUCACUGUGAAAGGAAACGAUAUCCACUCAGUGAGAGGAGCUAACUUCACGAUGCAAUGUACGGGGUCCGGCAACCCAACCCCAUCUGAUAUAAGUAUCGACGUUCCAGACUCCACCAGCGCCAUAGCAUCCAGCCUGGUCAAAGUCAAUAAGGAAGGAAGUAUAUCGGAAACCUGUUAAUUGACAAGGUCACGGAGCAGUACGCCGGGGUGUACAAGUGUUGUUCACACAACUUUAUCAAAGGUCUGAAAGAAACCGCUUGUGUUAGCAUAACUCUAGCUGUGGAGGAAAGGGUCUCUGUAACCCAGCAUUCUGAAGAUACGGAUUACACUUUAGUUAUUGGCAAUCAGGUGUACGGAACCACAGGUUACCCUCUAUCUGCCUCAUGUAAAGCAACAGGGCUCCCCCGUCCCACCAUAUCCAUGAAGCGCAAUAACGACUGUGGAACAGUUUCUACUAUCACUAAAUCUAAUGAUAUCGAGAUCAUACAAGUGGACUACGCGAACGACACAGUUUGCAACACAGACUCAUUCCAAUGCUGUGGCAACAACACCAUUCAAGGAACUAAUUACAGUGACUGCUACGAAACUAUUACCAUCAGCUUUGUUGAUCAAGAGAAACCAAAUGAUGUCAAGAUUGAAAACGUUGGUAACCUGGCCUCGGACGAUUCCUCUCUCGUUUCCCUCAUGGAGACGCUACAGUUAAAGUGCUCUGCUAAAAGUUUCCCCGAAAGUGAGUUUACGUGGGAGUAUCGUAACUCAGAUUCCACCUCCAACACCUUCCAACGACUAGAGUCUUCUAAAUUCCAGACCAGUGAGACUAAUUCAAAAGGUUUUACAUACAGCAUGUUGAACACUAUCGGGACGGCAGGUGACCUCUUCACGGGGAAAAACUACGAAUUCCAGUGCACUGCAAAGAACAUAUUCGGAGAAACCAGUGUGAUAAAAUCAAUUCAAAUUACCAGCA